CAUCCCUAACUAGAGGGAUGUAGUUUAUCCUCCAGUAACAAACUCGAAUUAGCCCUGCGUACUUUGCGCAUCUUUAAGCGAUUAGACCCAAAGACUUAAAACAAAUGUCGUACACUAAAAUUGCGCCAGCCUUUAUAAAGGCAGGGUCGGACAUCAACGUUAGGAGGCUUACUGCGUUCUCCGGCCGGAGACUGCGGUCAACUGUCGCUUCAAGGCAGCGGAAGGAUGAACAGAACGACUCCACCUGUACGGUGGUGAAAAAGGAGACAGCGCAAUUGGACCUCAUCAGCCAAGAUAAAAAUGCAGCUGCUCCCCAUACCAGCAAGAUUAAUAUUGAUUUUGAAAAUACCAAGGAAGCCUACAAGAGCAAAAGCAGCCUCGAGCUGCUCAGAAGUUUGCUGGUUUUCAAACUGUGCACCUAUGACUUCCUGGUUGAAAAGAACAAGGAGUUGAUGGACCUUAGCAGGAAGCUCCUUGGCCAGAAAGCCUUUGACCAGAUGAUGAAGAUGACAUUCUAUGGGCAAUUUGUAGCAGGGGAGGACCACCAGUCCAUCAAGCCACUGAUCCAGAGAAACCGAUCCUUCGGGGUGGGAUCCGUGCUAGACUACAGCGUGGAGGAGGACCUAACUCAAGAGGAGGCUGAGAAAAAAGAGAUGGAGUCGUGUGUAUCCGAGGCAGAAAAAGAAAGCCCUGGCACAGACCACCGUGAGGAAAAGUAUAAGGCCCACAGACGGUUCGGGGAUCGGCGUGGGGGUGUGAUUAGUGCUCGCACUUACUUCUAUGCCGAUGAAGCCAAAUGUGACCACCACAUGCAGACUUUCCUCGACUGCAUCAAAGCUUCGGGGGGAAGUUCCGAAGAUGGUUUCUCUGCCAUUAAGAUGACGGCUUUGGGACGGCCUCAGUUCUUGCUCCAGUUCUCAGAGGUGCUGGUAAAGUGGAGGCGUUUCUUCAACUUCCUGGCUGCACAGCAGGGAAAGGCUGGUAUGGAGGCACUGGAGCAGAAGCUGGAGCUACAGCAGCUGCAGGAGUGUUUGACUAGACUGGGUGCUAAAGAGGACAUUCAGAGUUGGUUUACAGGAGAAAAUCUGGGAUCCUCAGGAACCAUUGACCUGUUGGACUGGAACAGCCUGAUAGAUGAACGGACAAAGAUAUCAAACCUGCUUGUUGUUCCAAACCUUGAGACUGGACAGCUGGAACCACUGCUGAGCAGGUUCUCAGAAGAAGAGGAGAAGCAGAUGAAGAGAAUGCUGCAAAGAGUGGAUAUCCUAGCCAAGCAUGCCAUGGAGAAUGGUGUAAGGCUGAUGGUGGAUGCAGAGCAGACCUACUUCCAACCAGCUAUCAGCAGACUAACUCUAGAGAUGCAGAGGAUCUUCAACAGGGAGAAGCCCAUCAUCUUCAACACGUACCAGUGCUACCUCAAGGAGGCCUAUGAUAAUGUGUCCUUGGAUGUGGAGCUGUCCCGACGUGAGGGCUGGUACUUCGGGGCUAAACUGGUGCGCGGAGCCUACAUGUACCAGGAGAGGGCUAGGGCUGAGGAGAUUGGCUACGAAGACCCCAUCAACCCCGACUACGAGGCCACCAAUAGGAUGUACCACAAGUGUUUGGACUAUGUGUUAGAGGAGAUCAGGAACAAUAGAAAGGCCAACGUCAUGGUGGCGUCACACAAUGAAAACACUGUGAAGUUUACCAUACAGAGAAUGAAUGAGAUGGGCCUCUCGCCCACGGAGAAGAAGGUCUACUUCGGCCAGCUCCUGGGGAUGUGUGACCAGAUCAGCUUCCCACUUGGCCAGGCAGGCUUUCCUGUGUACAAGUAUGUACCUUAUGGACCUGUGAAUGAGGUGAUCCCUUACCUAUCCCGCCGUGCCCAGGAGAACCGGGGCUUCAUGAAGGGCUCCCAGAGAGAACGGCUGCUGCUGUGGGAGGAGCUGAAGCGCAGAGCGGUCAGUGGAGAGCUUCUCUAUAGGCCAGCCCUCUAAGAUGCCCGCCCCAGGGGCGGAGUGGCAUCUCUAAUCAUUCCUGACUGUGUCAAGGCUUCAGUUGCACAGACAGCCACUGUCUCUUUAUAGAAGGGGUUACUUUCUAUUGCUGAAAGAGCUCCUGAAAAUGUCAGGCAGCAGAGUUGUACUGUUCUCUUUUACUGUACUAUUUAUCUUCAAACUAGGGCCACGCUAAUAAAAGCUGACAUGAUUUAAAUAGCUGUAAAGGCCAGCAUCAAUAUCGCUCUCUGCUCAAAAUGCCGUGGGUAUUAGGAUAGAAUGGCCAGUUUUUAUCUUGUUUUAUUUCAAAUAUGACAUUUAUUCUGAGAAGUUUGUCUUCACAGUGACUUAAAGUUCAUGAAAAGAUUGACAGUGUAUGGCAGGAAAAGGGUAGCAGUAUAUAUCUGUUGAAAAGAUUUGUGUGUUUGAAUGAACUAUCUUCAUACAUGCAUAGUGCCUUGUUCGUAAAUUCACACAUCUAUGAAUUUUUAAUAAUGUAACAAGGAGUUGAUUAAUCCAUGCCUACAGUGAUUGAACUGAAUCUCAAAAGAAUGUCAUUCUUGAGUAUUUACCUCCUCAGUGUUUACAAUGUAUUCCUAGCCUCAGUCAAACUGAUAAGAGA